AUGGGGGAAACCACGGCGUUUUCGAGCCAUACGGCUGAUACAAACAUUGGAGGCGUUAAGUCGGUCGCCAUUAUUGGCGCUGGUCCUUCUGGUUUAUCUGCGGCCAAGUACUUGUCGGCGGAAGAGUCCAUAAAUCAGGUCGACGUUUUUGAACAGCGUCCUCAUACGGGCGGCCUGUGGAACUACACGCCUCAGCACCGUCGAGACAACUUUGCCAUUGUGCCACAGACGAGUCCCUUUGUUGGCGAGGAUCAACCCGUGCCCGCUUCCCACGGUGUAUCCGGGGCCGAAUUCGUGAGCCCUAUUUAUGAGAGACUCGAGACCAACAAUGCCACACCACUCAUGGGGUUUGGGGAUUUCCCAUUCCCUGAAAACAGUCAGCUUUUUGCUACCCAUGACACUGUUCGGAAAUACGUGCAGGCCUACGGAAAGGGCGUCGAGCACAUGAUUCAAUUCAACACUCAGGUUGUGGAUGUGCGACUUAUUCCAGCUACCGCGAGUUCGAGAGACUCAUGGUCUGUCACCACUCAAAGAUUUGCAGAUAAAGAGGUCAACACUACAGUAUACGACGCAGUCGUGGUUGCCAGCGGGCACUUCACCGUCCCUUGGAUACCUGACAUUCCUGGGAUGAAGGCAUGGGAAACGAAAUUCCCGGGCUCAAUCCAUCAUGCCAAGUACUUCCGCCGGCCUGAGGACUACUCAGGCAAGAAAGUGAUAGUCGUUGGCAACAAUGCCUCUGGAAUCGACAUUGGUGCUCAGAUCAAUACUUAUUGCAACAAGCCCAUCAUCUUCUCGCAGCGCAAGGAAUCUCUUACCAACCAAGGUCUGCCACCUAUCAUUGGGAAGGUCACCCAUCCAGAAAUUGUGGAAUACCUCCCCGAGCCCAAGCGGACCGUCAAGUUCACUGAUGGGUCGACGGAGGAGAAUGUUGACAUUAUCCUCUAUGCCACGGGAUACCUAUACUCGUUACCCUUCUUGGAAUCCUUACAGGACACAUCGUUCCCACCAAUUGGAGAUGGCACCCGCGUUCAGCACACAUACCGUCAUCUCAUUUAUCGACCAAAUCCAACAUUGUCUUUCCUCACUUUGAAUCAGAACCUCAUUCCUUAUCCCCACAGUGAAGCUCAGAGCACGGUGCUCGCCCAUCUUUUUACAGGUCGCCUAACCCUCCCUACAGAUGACGAGAUGCGCCGCUGGGAGACAAAGAGGCUGGAGGAGACUGGGAGUGCUGGAUUUCAUACAUUACCUGUUUCUGAUCCGGAUCAGACUCCGGGUAUCUGCCUCUGGGGCUCGCAAGCGUCAGGUUCGGCGGCCAAGGUCCUAAUACCAUGGACUCAAAAACAUCUUUGGAUCUGGGAGAAUAUGCCGGCGUUAAGAAGGGCAUUUGUAUCUAUGGGUGAGAAGAGAAGGGGUGUGACCAGUGUUGAACAGCUCAGAUUAGCAUCUGGUUUGCCAGCCUUCUGGGAGACUACGGGGUCGGUAGCCUCGACCAAGUUAUAG